CGUGUCAAUUUCAAAACAAAACCACUGCGCGUGAAAACAAAUUUUACAUUUCGAAGCAUAUAUUCUAAACAUUUGAUGUUAAUUUGAAGAUUUCAUCAUUCGCAAAAGAUAUGACUGCAAACAAUUACUCGAUCGUGCAGACCAUCGAAAACGAAGAAGUGCUGCUCUCUGUUUUGCCGUCACGCUGGAUCCUGAAAAACGGCUGGAAGCAGGAAGAGCAAGGCGAUGGUCAAGAAGAUGGUUGUGAUCUUUGCUUCUGGCCAAAAGGAGUAUCUGGUUAUCGGCUACUGGAAAAAGCAAAAAAAGACCCGAAAAUUCCAGCGGAUAAUAUUGUGUUAAGGACAUACCGAUGCAAAAUCAAGCGCAAUAAUUUUGCUCUUUAUUCAGAGGCAUUCCGCGAGCUGAAACUUAUGGAAAUCCAAUCGGACACUGACGAACCGAAGAAAAAAUUGAGCAAAACAACGACAGCAGCGGAACUUUUCAAGCAAAUUCAAUCAAGCUCAGCAUCGCGUCCAGGAACUUCAUCCUCGCAUCCAUGUACGGGUUUUGAUCAAGGUGAUAACGACAUGGAAGACACUUCUGAUCUAGAUGAAUCGUUGUUGAAGACUUCUGGAAAACGCGAAGACCAUGCCAUGAAGAUACGUAGUAUGCCGAUAUCACAUUCACAGCCCCAGUAUAAGGAAACAAAAAGCAGUUCCGGACUAAGAACGCCUAUUCUUCAGAACGAACCACUUCAGCAGCCCAAUUUGCUCCAACUUGUACUAUUACUGCAUGAGAAAGUGGACAACAACACCAAGCAGAUCGAUAGCUGCGUAGAAAGCGUCAAGCAAUUGAAUAGCAGGAAUACGGCUUUGCUUUCUCAAAUAAACGCAAAACUAGAUGUUAUUGCGACCCAAACACUACAACCAGUUGUAACUGGACAACAUGAGAACCUCGAGGUAAGAAAGAUCCCACUAAUUCCGGUCAAAUGUCUGGCUGACAUGGAAUCCUUGGAAAAGAAGUCAAAAAAUGACCAAUUUGUACGAUCUGUUAUUCAGUACCUUGGAUCGAUACACGGAAAACAGCGAUAUGUUGGCGAAGGUUUGACUGUAUGCUUGCAAAUCAUAAAUUACUUUUUGAUCGUGAAUUUCUCGUGACAUGCUCAUGGAGUGGAAUAAGUCGUAAUAAGCACAACGAAAAUGUAAUUUCAAAAAUACCGUUUCACAAAUACGAAGGUAUUAUCGACAUGUUCCAUAAGGUUGUGCAAUUCUCCGAUUCCACGUUCUCGAAGAAGCAAUGUGAACAGUUUCUUCAUCGUUGCUUGAAAAAUGCGAAGCAACAUUUUGAGGAUAUUGAGGGCACCCGAGCUUCUGUUGCCAGAAAACGAACAAGGCCUAAGCAACAACAACAUGAGAUUGCUCCAGAACUUAUUGAUGAAGGUUCAGAUAUAAUUGUACAAGAAUUCGUUAUGGAACCAGAUCAUACAUUUUCGCCAAAUCAUUCGGAUCAAAACUAUAUCGACGAAAAUGUGGACGUCAUUUACGAUGGUUUUCUUCCCGCUAAAUGAAACACCGUGAGUUGCUAUUGUUAACCCUAUGUAUCUUUCUGAAUAAGAACUCCAAUAAAUAC